CUCCAUCUCCAGGUCCCUCUCUGCGGCUUCCUCGCUGCCGGCUGAGCCGUGGGCACCUGAGGAACUACCCACCACUGCUCCCAGCUGUGCCAUCACCACCAGCUCCCUGCCUGCUGCUCAGACCCGGCGACAGCCCCUCCAUGGCCCCCGAGAUGGACCAGUUCUACAGGUCCACCAUGGCCAUCUACAAGAGCAUCAUGGAGCAGUUUAACCCCGCCCUGGAGAACCUGGUGUACCUGGGCAACAACUACCUGCGUGCCUUCCACGCUCUGUCUGAGGCAGCCGAGGUCUACUUCAGUGCCAUCCAGAAGAUUGGGGAGCGUGCCCUGCAGAGCCCCACAUCGCAGAUUCUGGGGGAGAUCUUGGUGCAGAUGUCUGACACCCAGCGGCACCUGAACUCUGACCUGGAGGUGGUGGUGCAGACAUUCCAUGGAGACCUACUGCAGCACAUGGAGAAGAACACCAAGCUGGACAUGCAGUUCAUCAAAGACAGCCGCCAGCACUAUGAGCUCGAGUACCGCCACCGAGCGGCCAACCUGGAGAAGUGCAUGUCUGAGCUGUGGCGCAUGGAGCGCAAGAGAGACAAGAAUGUGCGGGAGAUGAAGGAGAGUGUGAACCGGCUGCACGCCCAGAUGCAGGCCUUCGUGUCUGAGAGUCAGCGGGCGGCUGAACUGGAAGAGAAGCGGCGCUAUCGCUUCCUGGCAGAGAAGCACCUGCUACUUUCCAACACCUUCCUGCAGUUCUUCGGCCGGGCCCGGGGGAUGCUCCAGAACCGCGUGCUGCUGUGGAAGGAGCAGUCUGAGGCCAGCCGCACCCUGGUCUCUCACUCAGAGGGCGCCAACCACACGCUGCUGCGCUUCUCCGCCGGGGACGUGGUGGAGGUGCUGGUGCCCGAGGCCCAGAAUGGCUGGCUCUACGGCAAGCUGGAGGGCUCGUCCGCGAGCGGCUGGUUCCCCGAGGCCUACGUGAAGGCUCUGGAGGAGGGGCCUGUGAAUCCCAUGACCCCCGUGACCCCCAUGACCUCCAUGUCCCCCAUGACCCCCAUGAUGCCUGUGAAGCCCGGGAACGAGCUGCCUUCCAGGUCCUACCCACUCCGGGGCAGCCAUAGCCUCGAUGACCUCCUGGACCGGCCGGGCAACUCCACAGCACCCUCGGAGUACUGGGAUGGCCAGUCCCGCUCCCGUAUCCCAAGCCGGGUGCCGAGCCGUGCCCCGAGCCCUGCACCUCCGCCCUUGCCCAGCAGCCGCCGAGGCAGCAUGGGCAGCACAGGGACUGCCACUGACGUCAAGAAACUGAUGUCCUCAGAGCAGUACCCGCCACAGGAGCUCUUCCCAAGGGGCACAAAUCCUUUUGCUACCGUCAAGCUUCGUCCUACCAUCACCAAUGACCGCUCAGCACCCCUCAUCCGCUGAGGCGGGGUCCGAGGUCAUACCCCCCAGCACACCUGCCCAGGGGCUGUUCAGAGCUGGCAGUGGCAGUGACAGCAGCAACAGCAGCGGAUACCAGAAGCAGGGCGCUGAGACCAGGGGUGACUGCCCUUCCCCAGACCACCCCGGCAGCCUGAGCAGCUCCAAAGCACUGGCUUGGGGUCCAAGACCUUUGAAGUAAAGCAGGCGGAAUGGGGGGACAGGACGAUUUCUCCCCCUCCAGGGGCCCCAGGACUCUCCCUGGGGGGCCUACCUCUUGCCCCCCAACCUCUUUUCCCCUUUUCUGCCCCCGUGGGGAGGAGCCCCUUGUACCUGCUCCGUGUCCCACACAUGCCCUCUCUGUACGUCUUUUGUAAAUGAUGAGAAAUAAAGGAAGUGGACGCAAAGUGACGUGGCA